UCACUAGAGUCUGGUCUUUUCUCAGAGUCAUCUCUGAUCAUCAGCUGUCUGGUGCUAAUACAGCCGGCUAGAAGAAUCUGCUCAGGAGAAAUGGAAAACUUCCUGAGGCUGUGUCUCUUUCUUCUCUGCUUUGAAACAGGAUUCCCUCUACAGUGUGUGCAGUGUCAGUCUUACAAAAAUGGGAAAUGUGCCACAAAUAAGGAGACAUGCACUACAAAAGCUGGUGAAAUGUGUAUGAUCCGCAGAACCUGGUAUUCAAAUGAAAUUGAUAAUCUGCAAGCUGCUGAGACUAAGUGCACGAAUUCUUGUAAAUUUGAAGAAAAAACUUCUGGAUAUUUAACAACACAUACAUACUGCUGUAGUCAUGAAGAUUUCUGCAAUGACAUUAAUUUACCAAUCAUGUUGACUUAGCAUAAUCUAGUUCCAGUUGACCUCAUCAGCCCUUUCCUUUUCAUCCUCCAUUUUCUUUCAUUGACUUUUAAUUUUAAUCUGGACUAUAGAUUUUUCUAAUAAUCAAUAUUGUGCAAGUCAUAGAACCUGGGGGAUAUACAGAAAUUUCUUGUUCUUCUGAAAGUAUGUUUGAUCAUAUAGUCUAAUUCUUGUGCUUGGUAUCCCUAGCCUUAUUACCAUGAGUAUAACAAAAUCUUGGUUUCCAUUAAUGCAUUUAUCACUUCAGUGUGGGUGGCUAAAAUAAAUGAAUGGAUUAAAAAAUGUAAACUGUCA